AUAAUGAAGGACAGGGAAGCCUGGCAUGGGGAUGGAAAAAGUCAGACAGGACUUAGGGACUGAACAACAUCAACAACAACUGGUCACGUGCUCCCAUGGCACUCUGCACUGUUUUUGAUUAUCGAGUUUAGUUAUUCAUAAUGAUUUAUUUAAUGUUUGUCUUCCCCACCAGAAUGCAGGUUCCAUGAAGACAUUAAUGCAUCCAUAUCAUUCAUGGCUGUACACCCAAUGCCCUGCCAAAAUGCCUCACAGAGAGUCAGGUCUCAGUAAUAGCUGCUGACUCGGGUGAUUGAAACACAGAUCGUCCUAGUUUGGUUUCAGUGCGCAGCUGUAACUUAAAAGCUAAUAACCCAUCAUAUUUGUGCUUGCCUUAAACACUUUGACCUUUAUUUUCCAUUUCCAAAGCGUUUUUGGUGUGUACAAUACCGCCCUCUUCCUCUUUUCCCCUUUUCUCAGUGAUGUGUCACCAAUUGAUGUUUUUUAAUUGGGUGAGGCACAGGUAAUCUCCCCGUUUAUAACUCUGACCUUUCUGUGAGCAAACACACAGAGUGAACUUUGGUUUAUCUCCCACUAUAAUGUAGCUGCUAAUUGCCGGCAGGCGGGCUGUCUCCUACGGUCCACGUGACCGGUGGGGUGACUAGAGAGAAGCGUGGGGAAGAGUAGACUGAGGGACCCAGCAACAGGCUGUUGGGCUGGAGCUCCUGCCUCCUUGAGAGCCCUGAGUGAAGCCAGUGAGCCCAAGGAGCAUGGUGCUGAGGUGAGGGAGGUCAUGAAGACGCCACUGUUGGCCUUGGCUUUGUGGUCACUGCUCCUCCGGCCAGGGCUGCCGUUCUGGACCUCCCACGUGAGUCGAAACUGCCAGGAUGGCAGCUACGAGAUCAGCGUCCUGAUGAUGAACAACUCGGCCUUCCCAGAGUCCCUGGACAGCUUGGAAGAGGUGGUGAAGGAGGGAGUGAAAAUCGUGAGCCAGCGUCUGCUUGAAGCUGGCCUCAAUGUGACCGUGAAUGCUACCUUCAUCUAUUCAGAAGGUGUGAUUUACAAGUCCAGUGACUGCCGGAGCAGUACCUGUGAAGGCCUCGACCUCCUCAGGACUAUUUCAAGUAAAAAACAGAUGGGCUGUGUCCUCAUGGGGCCCUCGUGUACCUAUUCCACCUUCCAAAUGUACCUUGACACAGAUUUAAACUAUCCCAUGAUUUCAGCUGGGAGUUUUGGAUUGUCAUGUGACUACAAAGAAACUUUAACCAGGAUGAUGUCUCCAGCUCGGAAGCUGAUGUAUUUUUUGGUUGACUUUUGGAAAGCCAAAUUUCAAUUCAAACCUUUUUCUUGGAACACUGCGUAUGUUUUCAAGAAUAGUACAGAGACUGAGGACUGUUUCUGGUACCUCAAUGCUCUGGAGGCUGGAGUUUCCUAUUUUUCUCAGAAACUAGGCUUCAAGGAGAUGUUGAGAGGAGAUACCGAGUUUCAGGACAUCUUAAUGGAUCAGAAGAGGAAAAGCAAUGUGAUUGUUAUGUGUGGUAGACCGGAAACCAUCCGCACCCUCAGGGGUGACCGGGCAGUGGCUGAAGACAUCGUCAUUAUUCUAGUGGAUUUAUUCAAUGACCACUACUUCAUGGACAAUGUCACAGCCCCUGACUACAUGAAAAAUGUUCUUGUUCUGACCCUGCCUCCGGAAAACUCCGUCUCAAAUAGUUCCUCCUCCAAAAAUCUAUCACUGGCAAAAAAUGAUUUUGCUGCUGCCUACCUGGAUGGAGUCUUGCUUUUUGGACAUAUGCUGAAGAUAUUUCUUGAAAAUGGGGAGGAUGUUACCACCUCUAAAUUUGCUCAUGCUUUCAGGAACAUCACUUUUGAAGGGCAUGUGGGUCCUGUGACUCUGGAUGCCUGUGGGGAUAUUGACAAUACCAUGUACCUUCUGUACACCUCUGUGGACACCAGCAAAUACAAGGUUCUUUUGACCUAUGACACCCGUGUGAACCAGAGUAGCCCUGUGGAUAAGAGCCCCACGUUCAUCUGGAAGAACCACAAACUUCCUAAUGAUAUUCCAGGCCAGGGCCCUCAAAUGCUGAUGAUUGCCGUCUUCACGCUCGCGGGGACGGUGGUCCUGCUGCUUCUCAUCGCUCUCCUGGUGCUCAGAAAAUAUAAGAGAGAACACGCGCUUCGUCAGAAGAAGUGGUCCCACAUUCCUCCUGAAGACAUCUUUCCUCUGGAGUCCAAUGAGACCAACCACGUUAGCCUAAAGAUCGAUGAUGACAAGAGGCGAGACACAAUCCAGAGACUGCGACAGUGCAAAUAUGACAAAAAGAGAGUGAUUCUAAAGGAUCUCAAGCACAAUGAUGGCAACUUCAAUGAGAAACAGAAGAUAGAAUUGAACAAGUUGCUUCAGAUUGACUAUUACAACCUAACCAAGUUCUACGGCACGGUGAAGCUUGAUUCCACGAUCUUUGGGGUGACUGAGUACUGUGAGAGGGGAUCCCUCCGGGAAGUUUUAAAUGACACAAUUUCUUACCCUGAUGGUACAUUCAUGGACUGGGAGUUUAAGAUCUCUGUCUUGUAUGACAUUGCUAAGGGAAUGUCAUACCUGCACUCCAGUAAGACAGAAGUCCACGGCCGUCUGAAAUCGACCAACUGCGUGGUGGACAGUAGAAUGGUGGUGAAGAUCACCGAUUUUGGCUGCAAUUCCAUUUUGCCUCCAAGAAAAGACUUGUGGACGGCCCCAGAGCAUCUCCGCGUAGCCGGCGUUUCGCAGAAAGGAGACGUGUACAGCUACGGCAUCAUCGCCCAGGAGAUCAUCCAGCGGAGCGAAACCUUCUACACGCUCAGCUGUCGGGACCAGAAAGAGAAGAUUUUCAGAGUGGAGAAUUGCAAUGGAGUGAAACCCUUCCGCCCCGAUCUGUUCCUGGAAACAGCAGAGGAAAAAGAGCUGGAAGUCUAUCUACUUGUCAAAAACUGCUGGGAGGAAGAUCCAGAAAAGAGGCCAGAUUUCAAGAAAAUUGAGAAUACGCUGGCCAAGAUAUUUGGCCUUUUCCAUGACCAAAAAAAUGAAAGUUACAUGGAUACCUUGAUCCGACGUCUACAGCUGUAUUCCCGGAACCUGGAACAUCUGGUGGAGGAAAGGACACAGCUGUACAAAGCAGAGAGGGACAGGGCUGACCAACUUAAUUUCAUGUUGCUCCCAAGGCUGGUGGUCAAGUCUCUGAAGGAGAAAGGCUUCGUGGAGCCUGAGCUCUACGAGGAAGUCACCGUCUACUUCAGUGACAUUGUAGGGUUCACUACCAUCUGUAAGUACAGUACCCCCAUGGAAGUGGUGGACAUGCUCAAUGACAUCUACAAGAACUUUGACCACAUUCUGGACCACCAUGACGUGUACAAGUUCUCCUUCGCUGCCCCUACCACCUCUGCCUCAGGAUGCUUCCAGGAUUGUCAUGGAUCCCCAACCCCCCAGGUGGAAACCAUUGGUGAUGCCUACAUGGUGGCCAGCGGUUUGCCUAAGAGAAACGGCAACCGGCAUGCAAUAGACAUUGCCAAGAUGGCCUUGGACCUCCUCAGCUUCGUGGGGACCUUUGAAUUGGAGCAUCUUCCUGGCCUCCCAAUAUGGAUUCGCAUUGGAAUUCACUCCGGUCCCUGCGCUGCUGGAGUCGUGGGGAUCAAGAUGCCUCGUUAUUGCCUAUUCGGAGAUACAGUCAACACAGCCUCUCGGAUGGAAUCCACUGGCCUCCCCUUGAGAAUCCAUGUCAGCGGCUCCACCAUAGCCAUCCUGAAGAGGACGGAGUGCCAGUUCCUCUAUGAAGUAAGAGGAGAAACCUACUUAAAGGGGAGAGGAACUGAGACCACCUACUGGCUGACCGGGGUGAAGGACCAGGAGUACAACCUGCCGACCCCUCCAACCGCGGAGAAUCAACAGCGCUUGCAAGCUGAGUUUGCUGACAUGAUCACCAGCUCUUUACAGAAAAGACAGGCCUUGGGGAUAAGGAACCGAAAACCAACCCGGGUGGCCAGCUAUAAGAAGGGCAGCCUGGAAUACUUGCAGCUGAACACCACAGACAAUGAGAGCACCCAUUUUUAAACCUCGGUAAGAGCUAAGGACUCAGGCAAGACUAAGUCCAGCCACACCUGGGCAAUGACCGCAAGUGUCCUGAAGCUUCCGCUUCUCUGAGACCUCAGUAAAGCAGAAGACGACUUAGAUGCAGUCUCCAAUAGCCUCGGCUUCCCUGUCUGGGACAUAGGCUUGCUUCCGUGAAUCACAUACACUCUCAGUGCAAUAAUUACCUUCUACUCUGCGGCCUGAUCUCAAUAGCUGCUCCAGGGAACUUCAACCUGGGAAAGAAGAGAAAUGAAUAUGCACUAUCUCAAAGUUGGAGAGAUUUUGUUCUUAUUUCACCUGUUUCAGCUUUGUUUUGUUUACUGGCUCUUUUUCUUUCUGUAUUCAUGAUAACAUUUUUUUUUUAAUUGUCCCAAUGAUAUUUUCAGUAUUUUAUCUCCAUUAAAUUAUAUUUAACUUCUAAUUUUGGCAGAUAAUAUGCUGUAUAUGAGGCAGAAAUAAAAGUUAAACAUUUCCUGGA